GUCCGAACCACCCAAAACCAGCAUCGAAGUACCUCUCCUGCCAUCGCCAAGUCCGACAGGUGUCGUUGUCAAGCCCCAGCCUGCCAUGGAAUCGGCGCCCCCCGGAACAACAAACGUCCCGGGAACGCCCAUGGUAGAUGCAGCCACGAACACACCGACAAUGCUCGCCAGCGCAAAUGUUCCCACGAGCGACGGGGACCCGUCGAUGACGCCUAGCCCCAAUUUUCUAGGAGCCAAUUCGUCGGUGUCGCUCCUGGGGUCCACCACAAUUCCCGCCAAUACGGCCCCUACGCCAGAGCCGCCCCCGAUUUCGAACACCAGCCCGUCCGGCAUUGCCGCAGGAACGGCAGCCGGGAUAGUAGUCGGUAUCAUAGUCCUGCUCGCCAUCCUCCUCUUCCUACUCUUCAGAUGCCGCGGCUCGCGAUUCCCCUGCCCCGGUCUCAGUUGGUACGGCCAGGCCAGACAGCAACUUCAAGAUCCCAGGUGGCGAAGAGCGCCCGAUGCCAUGGGGAAGUCCCUCCUUAUCGCGGCAUCAGAAGGCGCAAGAGACGCCGGUGUGCGCUCUCCGAGCCCUCCGCCGCAUCCGGACUCAGAAGACGCUCUUAAACCGCCGAUCCCUAUCCGCAUAACAACGGCAAACUCAGGUUUGGCCGUCGACAAAUGGGUAGCCAGCAUGCUCAGCGAGCAGACAACACCUUCGAGCGGGAUUUUUACGCCCAGGCCAUCCUGGUGUCCCACAGCCCAACUGCGACCUCCUCCGCAGACCCACUUCCGCCCCUCCGUCCCCGCCAUGAAAGAGCACGCAAUGGCGCGGCGGGUGUCCCUCGUUACAGCACCCGCCAUCACUAGCCCAUCGGACAGCGCGGCGGCCCAGCCUCGGGCCCUAUCGGUCCGUAACAGCAUGCGGUCCGUCACCUCGUGCUCGACGUGCCUGGCACCAGAGCAGCCGCUGCUGUACGCCGUUCCUGCGGACAGCACUCAGACGCCACGGCCGACAGGAGAGGACUCAGGACCCGCCGGCGCCGAGAGAGGCGGCCCCGGCGACCGCGGCACCUCGCACCCUGGGUGGUCGGAAUGGUUUUAUCCUAACGACGGCGCCGCGGAACGCGAGCCUCAAGAGCAGCGGGCCAACACGGGCAGCCUCGGCGCUGUGAGCAUUGCCAGCAGCGGCGUGCUCACGCCGUCUUUGACGUCCUUUCCAAUUUCCACUCGCCCGAGACGUGGAUAAUCGACGUCGGCGGACUGGGAACUCGGCGGUGUGCUAGUGUGAGGGGUGGCUGGGUAAUAGAUCAAAGCCAGCCGCCGAUGGCCCCGCUUGGGAGGAGGAGGAGAGGGAAAUACGGCCGUCGGACGCAAAUGAUGGUGGCUCGUCGGAUUCGGAGAGGACGAUGCCGCGUCGACUUAUGUCUCUGGAUCCAGGCGUCAGCGAUCGUCCCAACAGUACUGUCAUAUUUCGGUUCUCCAGAGCCGUCCCUGCGACGCCGGGCUGGACUUCUGCUCAAUCAAAAAGUGAAUGGUGCCUAAGGUCCAAUCGCUACGGUCUCGAUUCCUAUUGGCUACCGCCCUUGGCUUCUUGAGCUUGGCAAUUUGCGUAUGGUCACGUGUCAG